AUGGAAAGAAAACAAGUAGGAAAGGAAAUGAGAAAGUCCAUCCAAGUCAAUUCCCUGAAAAUAUUCGCGUCACUCCGAGCGCUCCUCUUCGCGUUCCGUUCGACCGGCGGCGGUUUCGGCGCUCGCGGAAGCUACGACGGCGGCGACGGACUGACUCGCGUCGCGGCGGCGGCGUCGGCGGGAUGCACAACGUUCCUAAUAUUUUUACAAGACAAAAUAGAACUUGCUACGUUAGCACUUGGAAAUACUAUCAGUAUAGUGCCAACUUCUUCAAAGAUGGAUAAAGAAAAAGUUAACGAAAUUACUGUACAUUUUGGCGAACCUAUGAUGUUGGAAACGGAAGAUUGCCUUAAUGAGACGACUCCUGAUGAAGAGAAUAAUGUUUCGGUUGAAGUGAACGAAACUAAAACUGAUGGAUCAGUCGAACUCAAAGAAUUCAAAGACAACUUGAAAAAGAUUAUCAGCUUCGUGGAAUCUCAUCCAGCACUAUUGCCUAUUGUGACGAAGUUCAAUAGGCAGAUGAAGAAAAUGGACAGCGAAGCUUCGUUCUAUGCUCUAUGUUCCUCGUUUACUAGUCAAAGUCUUACAUUGCUAGAAGAACAUCUGCUUACAGAGAUUGUUCCUACCAACUAUCAAAUAGAUGCAACCCUCCUGAAACUGAUGCAAGACCGAGAUAACAGAGGCAAGCAGAUUCUAGAAAACUUAGAUGAGAAUGACUUACGGCAAUUGUACACUGAACAUUUCCAUAGCUACGAUGAGUUCCGGCUGGUAUUGGAAGGAUGCGGAUACUACGAUGUCCGUGAUAAGUUCGACGAAUGGAUAAGAAUUGAAUUGAUUCCUGGAGAUUUAAUUGUGAUACCUGGUGGAUGUUAUCAUAGAUUCACUGUAGAUAAACAGAGAAUAUUCACAGGAGUGCGAAUACUGAAAGACGGAGUAUAUCAAGCUCAUAAUCGUCCUUCUGAUAAACUCAACUGUAGAAAAGAUUAUAUAAAGAAGCUAUAUAAUGGUGCCUUCUUGGAAACGGAAGAAAAACAAGAAUAA